GUAAUAUAUGAAAUAAAGUUGAAGUGUAAAAUGAAAACGCAAUAAACAGUGAGAUUCAAAUACCAAAACCCAACUUAUUUCGACGAAAGCUUAAGCAACUCGGCCGUUCCUCUUGGUGGAGUAAGAAAACUCUGUGAGUGAUGAGCAAGAAGAAGAAUCCUUUAGUAUUCUUGGAUGUUUCAAUUGGUGGGGAACCAGUUCAAAGAAUUAUCAUAGAACUCUUUGCUAAUGUUGUUCCUAAAACUGCAGACAAUUUCAGGGCACUCUGUACAGGUGAAAAGGGGAUUGGGAAGACUACAGAGAAGCCUCUUCACUACAAAGGAACAUUUUUUCAUCGAAUUAUCAAAGGGUUCAUGGCUCAAGGUGGUGAUUUUUCACGGGGAAAUGGGACUGGUGGUGAAAGUGUUUAUGGUGGAAAAUUUUCUGGUAUUUACCCAAGUACAUUGAGCUCUUGUCAAAAAAUAUGUUCAUUUUGUGAUUGUAAAAUUUGGAAAACUGCAGAUGAGAACUUCAAGCUAAAACACGAUGGACCUGGCAUUCUUUCCAUGGCAAACAGCGGUCCAAACACUAAUGGAUCUCAAUUCUUUAUAACGUUUAAGCCCCAACCUCACCUUGACGGGAAACACGUUGUCUUUGGAAAAGUUGUGAUGGGAAUGGAUGUUGUGAAGAAAAUUGAGCAGAUUGGAACGGCUGAUGGGAAACCUGGAGAACCUGUGAAAAUUGUAAACUGUGGUGAACCAUCAGAGAUUAAGGAUGAAGCUGUGGUAAAAAAGGAAAAAGAGAAAAAGAAAAAGUUGAACAAGAUUAAAUCUUCAGAAUCUAGUUCUGAUGACCAAGGGAGAGGCAGACAGAAGAAGUCCUCAAAGGACCGAAGAAAAAAGAGGAAGAGAUACUCUUCAUCUGAUUCAUACAGCUCUGAUACUGAAUCUGAUUCAUAUUCUUCGGAUUCAGACUCAUCACUUUCUGAUUCUAGUUCCUCAAGUGAUGGAAAGUACAGGAAGAGGAGAUCCAAGAGAACAGCAAAGCCCCAGCAUGGAAGGAAAAGAAAAGGCCGAAAAAGAGAGAAAAGAGGCCGACUGGGAAAGCGUUCGAAGCGCAAGGCUAAAUGGAGCUCUGGGAGUUCAACUGACACGGGUAGUGAGAGUACAAGUGAUAGCAGUAGUAGUUCUGAUGGUGAAAGAGUUGAUCAUCGUGCCACUACUCGCCGCAAGAUUAAGAAUUCUAAGCAUUCUGAGACUAAAUCAAAAGGAAUUACUGAUGAGAAGGAAUCCUUGAACCCGGUUACUGAAACCACUGUGGAAAAACAAAAAAGUCAGGACCUUAAUUUACUACAGGAAGAAGGUGAACUGUCCCCAAAGCAUGAUGAUAUUCCAAACAAUAAUCAUAAAACUGAAACUGAGAAACUAGAGAGAUCUCCUAAUCAACGUCCUGUUUCAGAUGGCUCUAACUCCUCCAGGAGCACUACACCUGAAAGGCCAAGAAACAUCCCCAGGAGUAAUCUUACCAGAAGUCCUGUUAAGACAUUUGGAAAUCCUGGGAUGAAGUACAAUGAGUGGAAUAGGCCAAGGUCCUCCCGGAGCCCUGUUCGUAGUCCUAUUAGGAAAGCUGCCGAUUCUUCUGUUUCAAAUCAUGGUCAAACUUCAUCAAGAAGCCAUUCUCCAAAUGGCACCCCAAAACGUGUUAGGAAGGGGCGUGGUUUUACUGAGCAGUACUCAUUCGUACGUCGUUACCGUACUCCAUCACCCGAACGUCCUCGUAAUUAUGGUGGUAGAAAUAAUUAUGGAAGAAGUCAUAAUGGGUAUUCAAGCUACAGAAACAAACGUGAUUGGUCACCUGAUAGACGGUACCGGAGCCCACCUAGAGGCAGGAGCCCUUCAAGAUACCGAAGGAGGAGUCGGAGUGUUUCACGCAGUCCAGGAAGUUAUCGUGGUCGUUACAGAGACCGUAGCAAGAGUCGGAGUCCAGUACGGAGUUCUAGUCCUUUGGAAAAGCGAACUCAAAUAAGCGAUAGACUAAAAUCGCGUCUUGGACCGAAAAGCAAAUUUUCCCCAGAGAAAGAAACUUCGCAGUCGAGGAAUUAUAACCGUAAUCGUAGCUUGUCCCGUUCGAUAUCUCCAGAUAAACAUCGCACUGCUGCUGCUUCUCCCAGUCGGUCUAGAUCGAGCUCCUUGUCUGGACAAAAGGGGUUAGUUUCCUAUGGAAAUGGUAGCCCUGAAUCUUGAUAAGCUUUGUAUAACUAUCUGCACGUUAUAGGAAUGGUAAAAUCCUUCUCCUUCGUUUGAUAGAAUGAAUGUAAUUUCUUUAAGUGAUUUGUUUGUUUAUAUUUGGGAUUUGGUUUCUGUUUUCCUUUAGUCCAACACUUGUAAGGUUAGCAACAUCUCAUUUUGACCUUAAUUUUGAUUUGUUCAUAUAGAGCUGGCUGUACUUUCAUCUUGUUGGUUCAUAGAUUAAUAAUGAUUAUGUUGAGGGAGAGAAGGUUUGGCAGGAAA